AUGGAUAGGAUAUUUCGCCCAGAGAAUUUUGACAUCGAGCCCAUAGCACCUCAAGCAGCAGAGCAUUGGCAGCACUGGUAUGAAACGUUUAAAAAUUUUAUAUCAGUAGUAUCAGUAGACAAUCUUGAUACUAAGAAACUACUGAUAAACUAUAUCUCUCCUGCUGUAUAUCAAAUGAUACUUGAUAAAGAGACAUUUGAUGAAGCAAUCCAGACUCUAAAUGGCAUCUACAUUCAACCAAAGAAUGAGGUGUUUGCUAGGCACAGGUUAGCUACUUGCAAACAAGAGCAAUGUGAAACGAUAGACGCCUACAUGCAGAAAUUAAGAAUUCUAUCCAAAGAUUGCAACUUCAGAGCGGUGACUGCUGAACAACACCGAGAAGAGGCUAUUAGAGAUUCGUUUAUCAAUGGACUAGUGUCCAACAGCAUUCGAAAACGUUUACUUGAAAAGACUGUUUUGAGUUUAAAGGACGCCUUCGAGGAGUCUCGCUUACUAGAACAUGCUUAUCAGCACUCAUUACAGUAUGAAUCAUCACAGCGGAAACUAAUUGCGCGGCAACUACUCUCACCAAUUCUUCGGCCACACCCUUGCCAAAUGUAA